AUGCGGUUGACCUAUUGUACUGGAGAUAUCGUUUUGCUUACCAAUAAGCCGAGGCCCAGUGACGUGACAGACUGUCACGCGGUGUGUGUGGUGCACAGUAUGUUGGGAAAGAGGCUCACUGUGAAGACCGUGAUUCAGCGAGACAUACCAAGAUCCUGUAAUGUUGCGAAAAUGGUGGGGAAGAUUUCGGCUGGCAGUGCAGUUGCUGGAGCGGCAAGCUCAGGUUCUGGCAACGGCAAGCAAGACGGAUGGUACAUCGCUAGAAUCGAGAGCACCUCUACAGCGAACCGCGAAUGGAGUGCACUGGGCGCGAUUGGGCAGAUUCCGAUACGGGAUUACAUCUUGAAUUGGACCUAUGCCGACGAUCCGAGUGAGAUGAAGCCGAUGCGGAUUAGUGGGGGACUCAGCAAAGCUCUGUCGCAAAGGUACAACGAGUCGCAGCUAGAGGCGAUUCACAGCUGUCGGAAGCCAAAGGGAAUCACUCUCGUACAAGGACCGCCAGGAACAGGAAAAUCUACGACGAUUCUAGGCAUCAUCGCAGCUUUAAUCAACGCAAUGCGACUAAAAAGCGGGGGUGCGGAUGCGGAGGACGAGGAAGAACACGGCUUGGAGGGAGGUCAAGACUCUAGUACAGGUUUGAUGGGAAAUUACACAGGAGGCCCGAAGCCAAUGGAGCUUGAAGAUUUUGAUGCUGGGAAUGAACAUCUUACUCUUUUAGAACAACAAGAGCUGCACGCUCGCGCCACACCAGGUCGUCCAUUGCCGCUGUAUCUCAGGCCACGAGUGCGAACACGACGUCAACAGCGAGAAAAAGAAAAAAUCGAGCAUCGAGCCACAGGCGGAGAGCAGUUAGAUACCAU